UCCUGCCAAUGGAAGGGCAACCUGACACAGCUGCUUAUUUAGAAAAAAAGAUGACAAAGCAGAAGAGAAAUGAUACUGUAAAAUCUAAUGAAGAUGAAGAAGAGGAUGAGGACGAGUUCUGUCUUUAUUACUCACCAAACCAGCAGCAGUACCGUAGAGAAGGGAGUGACGGAGAUCCUGAUGAGUUAGAAAGGGAGACAAGUGGACUGGCCGGGCAGACCAAGGAUGGUGAGGAUAUAGGAGAAAGAGUGGACACUGUUGAGCUUUCACAUGAAGAAUGCCCAGGUGAAGACGGGGAUGAAGAGCUGAUUCAAGUAGAGGACCCAUUAGUGACAGGGCACCGUGAAGAGGAACGGAUUGAAGUUGAGCACACAGUAUCACUUGAGCCAUGCAAUGAUUCCACGGUAGAUGAGAGACAUCCAAGACCACAGAGAGAAAAACGAGCCCCUCGACUGUUCACUUAUGAUCACCUCGGAACCCCCACCUGCUAUAAUACAAGCUGUAGUGGUGAAGUUCAGCAGUAUCAGAAUAUGUCUUACCUUGGACAGCAAGCACUUCCACCAUGGCCAAGUCCAGUGCCAUUUUAUAAUCCCUACCCAUAUCUUAUGUACGGAUAUCAGAGAUAGACUGUAGCAUAAUUCAGGCUAAGAAAAGAUUGAUAUAGUAAAAGCAGAAUACCCCAUGUUGAAGGAAAAUUAAUAAGAUUAAAAAUUAAAAAAAAACUGUGCAUUUCAAGAUGUCGGGACGACAUCUAAAUUUUGAGGGGGAGUGUGUAGAGGUUAAAAAGAUCAAAGAUCAAAAUGAUCAUAUAAAUGAUGGAAUCAAUGUGAUUCGACUGUAAUAAAAAAGAAAAAGAAAAAAAUAGUUAAAAUC